AUGAUGCUUAAUACGGCAAUAUAUAUGAUGAUGAUCUGCCUGCUUGCCUCGGCUCAGACAAGUUGGAAACCAUGGAAGCCCACGAAUUCGGUGACCAUUCGGCAGAGCGGAGGAAGCUUUUGUACCAAUCACUUGGUUGGCGAGUUUGUGGAGCAUGCGGAGGAUUGUCACAUGUUUUACCUUUGCGUGGAUAACGGCGAUGCUGUCCUGGCCUCAUGUCCACCCACCAUGCUCUUCAACUCGGAGAGCAAACUUUGCGAUGCGGCGGCAAAUGUGAAGUGCAGAAAUGGCACGGACUCCGUGGAAAUUCCUCCCCUUGAAAGUGGUGAUGAUGAUACUAACAACAUGGUCACGGAUGCCGCCACAUAUUGUGCCACCGUAAUGCAACAGCAGUCCAGCGAAAGAAUUGUUUAUGUCGGAAGUUCGAGCAGCUGCGGCAAAUACUACAUCUGCUACUAUGGCCAGGCGAUAUUACAGGAGUGCAGCUCCCAGUUGCACUGGAAUGCCAUGACGGGCAAAUGCGAUGUUCCGCAGAGAGCCCAGUGCACUCUAGGUGGUCAGGAGGAACCGCCGGCGAAUGGAAACUCCAAUACUCAGUCGGGUGGAUCCAUUUCAAGUGAUCUUAUCCACUGCCCGGCCUACGGACAGCAUCUGUAUCCCCACAUGCGGCGCUGCGAGUUCUUCAUAUAUUGCGUGAAGGGUCAUGCCAGCCUGCAGCAGUGUCCUUUCUACUAUUUCUUCGACAUUGCCACCAAAAGUUGCCAAUGGUCGCGAACGGCCCUUUGUGUGCGCGAUUUGAAUUUGACGCCACAAAUAAAGUAG